CUUUCUGGGGGAUUUCCUCAUCUCUAUCGUUGGCCGGAGGCGCAGCCGCGUCUCUUCAGGCCCCGCGGCCAGGCCCCGACCGCCGGCUCGCCCUUCUCCGGCGGAAACCCUGCGGGGCCGGACUCACGCUCUCAAACGCCUAGCGGUCGCGCGGGGAGGGGCCGCUACCCGGAUGUCACCCGCCCGGCCUGGGUCCCGAGUCCCGGAAGAGAGUCUGUACUUUCUCCUCCGGCGGAGGCGCUGUCCGCGGGCUCGAGGGCCGCCGGUGUCCCCACCUGUAGUCCGCAGGCCACUCCAGCGCCUCACAUAGACCCGACUCUGGCCCAGGGGCAGAAAAGCGGCAUGGCAGCCGAGGACCUCCAGGAGGACUUGACCUGCUCCAUCUGUUUGGACUAUUUCGAGGACCCGGUGUCCAUCGAGUGCGGCCACAACUUCUGCCGUGGCUGCCUGCGCCGAAGCUGGGCGCCGGGCGGCGGCACGUUCCCCUGCCCCGAGUGCCGGCAGCCGUCGGCGUCCGCCGCGCUGCGGCCCAACUGGGCCCUGGCUCGGCUGACGGAGAAGACGCGGCGCCGGCGCCAGGACACCGUGCCCCCCGGCUUGUGCGGCCGCCACUGGGAGCCGCUGCGGCUAUUCUGCGAGGACGACCAGCGGCCCGUGUGCUUGGUGUGCAGGGAGUCCCGGGAGCACCAGGCCCACACCAUGGCGCCCAUCGACGAGGCAUUCGAGAGCUACCGGAUACUUCUAGCUUUUAGCUUGAAGAUCUUCCUUGGUCAUCCUUUCCAGAGUAGCCCUACCCCUUCCAUUACUGACGGUGUAACACCAGUGGGCUCCAACAGAGAAAAACUUCUUAAGACUCAGUGCAGUCUGACGGCCAAGAUGAAGCAAGCCUUGCGUUUACAGGACAUGGAACUGAAGAACGCUGCAGAGUGGAAGGAGAAGAUGAAGAAUCAGCGAAUGAGACUGAGCGCAGAGUUUGCAAAGCUGCACAACUUCCUCGCUGAAGAAGAGCAACUGUUUCUUCAGAGACUGAGCGAAGAAGAAGAAGAGACAAAGAAGAAACGCAAUGAGAACAAACUAAGGCUCCAUCAGAUAAUCACGUCGUUGAAGAAGCUCAUCUUAGAGGUUGGGGAGAAGAGCCAGAGUUCCACCCUGAUGUUGCUGCAGAAUCCAAAAGAUGUGUUGAUCAGGAGUGAGAACGAGGAUGUGAACUAUUCCCUUGAAGUUCUAAAGGUGAAGACUGUGUGCCAGAUUCCAGUGAUGAAGGAAAUGCUGAAGCGAUUCCAAGUGGCUGUAAAUCUGUCUGAAAACACAGCUCAUGCCACACUGGUCUUCUCCCAGGAAGGGAGAUACGUGAAAAAUCCAUCAUCAGCUGGUUCCUGGCCAUUAUUUUCUACAGCAUGGAGCUACUUUGCUGGAUGGAAGCGUCCUCAGAAAAACACACACUUUGUGGAGAGAUUUCAGCACUUACCCUGUGUUUUGGGGAAAAAUGUUUUCACUUCAGGGAAACAUUACUGGGAAGCUGAGAACCGAGAUAGCCUGGAGAUUGCUGUGGGGGUGUGUCGGGAGGACGUUAUGGGGAUUAUGGAUCAUUUGCAAAUGUCCCCCGAAGGGGGAGUCUGGGCGCUCCGUUGGAGUCCAGCAGGCUACUGGCCCCUAAUAGGCGUCCCUGUAAGUCCUACUAAGCAGGAGCCCUCUCUUCACCGGGUGGGAGUCUUCCUAGAUCACGGGGCUGGGGACCUCUCGUUCUACAAUGCUGUGGAUGGAACGCACCUCCACACUUUCUCUUGUCCUAAGGUCUCACGCCUCCGGCCGUUUUUUUGGUUGAGUCCAUUAGCAUCUUUAGUCAUCCCCCCACUGACUGGUGGGAAAUGAGGCUCUUCUUCCCCUGCCCAAGCACCUCUCCCUGUACUCCCUGUAUAUCCCUUGGCCCUCCUCUGCCACUUGAUACAUACCCAUCGGAUGGUAUAUCAGUGCCGUCCAUGCAGAUUCCAGUCUCAUAUGCUGUGUACACUGCUCAUGGACACAGGGCAGACCGUGCUGGCUGCCUUUCCAGAAGCCGCUGACCCCACUCUUCCCCUCCUCUUCUGGUUCUGGUUCUAACUGAACUGUUUGGUAUGUGCCCUCCAAGUGCUUCAGGAGGGGUAGUUCUGGACAGUGAGACAGAAUAAGACAUUUUCUGGGGUGCUUCUGGGGAAAGUUUUUGUAGUUUUUAAAAGGUGUUUGGGGGCACGCAGCCUCUCUUCCAUUAGCAGUGUAUUGAAACUGAGGCGAGCACAGCAGUAGCAGGUGGGGAGGGGAAAUGUGGUCUUUGUUGGCAUCAUUAAACUGUUGGAAUUUCCCUAAUCCCAAGUUUCUUGUUAUGUGAGAUUACUGUUUCCUUAUUGUAUAAGGCAUUUUCUAUCACCUUUUGGUCACUUGCAGGCUGAAGUGUCCUCUAACUGGUGCCAUAGGCACAUACUAUAGACAUCCCAACACAUACGGGGUUAUCUCACUUUUUUUGAAAUUUAACAGAUUUAUAGACUCCCUUUCUAUUCAGUUGUGUAAUUCCCCUUCUUUCCAGUAGGCACUGUUAUCCCUUCCUUUUCUGGAUCAGAACAUUGGGGAAAUCUUCCCUUCCCUUGACUGUGCUAUUACUCUCUUCAGCCACCCAUGUCUCUGCCCUCAAGUGUUCGAAAUGCUAGCCAUUUGUGAAAUUCAUAUAUUGUAUAUACAGGGUUAUUAAUGCCAUAUUGAAAAUGCUGGGAAACACUUGGUAAGUAUUUAUAUCAUGCCAGCCCCUUCACAUAAUGUUCUAGACAGCUGAGAUGGAAAUGCAAUCCUCUUUUUCUAAACAAGAAAUUAAGCCGUUGGAGCUGGCAUAUGCAAAUGUUGGGAUUAAAUCCAGAUCUGUCCAAGAUGAAAGCCUGCACUCUUCUCUACCCUACAUUUAUUUGUAUUGCUAACUGUGGGUCAGUGUCAUCUUUGUUUCAGGUUUUAAUUUUGUUACAUAUUUUUACCCUGUGUGUUUUCCUCCCUUUGCCUUUUUUCUGACUACACAAAGGAUGUGAUAAUGACUGCAUAGUUCUCUUUAAAUAAUGAUUGAUCUCUGAUUAUAAAAAUUGUGUACUUAGUGUAGAAAACUUGGAACAUACAAAAAGCAUAAAGGAAAUGUAAAGUUGCAGAUAAUCUCAGCACUACUAACAUUUAAUAUCCUCCCAGACUUCAUAGACUCUGGCAGUGAUUUAACAAGCCUUACAGACUUUCAGCGCCCUCCCUAACUGUUCUCCCCUUGCCUCUGUCCUUGCCCAUCCCGGCUUGUCAUCCUAUUUAGCCUGAGCAACCCCCACAUUCAGUGAUUUCUGCUGAGUUCUCCUUAACUCUGUAACAUAACUGUUAAGAGUUGAACUGUGCCUUCCAAAAAAGAUGUGUUGAAGUCCUGUGUGUGAAUAUGACCUUAUUUGGAAAUUACGAUGGGGUCAUUAGGGUGGGCCCUAAUCCAAGAUGACUGGUGUCCUUAUAAUUAGAGGGAAAUUUGUACACACUCACACACACAUGGAAAAGCCAUGUGAAGACACAGGGAAGAUGGCUGUGGGAGAGAUUGGAGUUAUGCUAUCAUAAACCUGGAGCUGCUAGAACCUGGAAAAGGCAAGGAAGAAUCCUUCCCUAGAAGCUUCCAAAGGAGCAUGGCCCUGCCGACACACCUUGAUUUCAGACUUCCAGCCUUCUAGCCUUCUAUAACCGUGAGAUAAUAGAUUUCUGUUGAUUUAAGCCAUCAGCUCUUCCUCCAGUACCUGCCUUGUUAGUUUCCUGCCCUUAGGAAACUCAUCAGUACCUUUCCCCUACUCUCCCUUCUGGGCUGUUGAACGAGGUUGUCUGGUUCUGUUACAAAGUCUUGCUCUCUGACUCCAGGUGGGCUCUUUGAGCUCCUUGGUAAAAAAAACUUCAUUUUUUCAUCCCUUGACAUCCUUUUGCAUCCCUGGUGGCAGUGAUUCCAACCUUUUCCUCUUAAGCUUUCAUGAGCCCCCUUUUAUACUACUUUAGGGGAGGUAAAACUUCACCUUUGCUCAUCUUAAGUUUUCGGUUGGGAUUCGAGCAAAAAGAUUAAUGAGAAAAUCAGUUAUUAACAUAUGCAGUGCACAGAACAUAGGAGAAACCUAAAAUGAAGAGUAACUCAAAGUGGUGGUUUGGAAUUCUGGCUAACAUAGUAUCUUCAACAAAGAACAAUACGUUUUGGAGAAGUGACAGGACAAAGCAAUUUUAGACUUCCAAGGUGGCAGACAGGGGGUGAUGUAAGUAUCUGUAAAAACUAAUGGAGUAAUGUUUGCAGAUUUCUCUGGUGCCAUCUCUUGGCUAAGUGUUGUUGAAUAACAGGAGAAUUUGUAUCCUGCCUUUAGGCAGUAAAGGGGGAGCUCUUUCUGGGUUUGCUACUGCUGAAUUCCCUUCAGCUCAGAAUUUCUAUAUGAAAGAUGAUGUAUUUUGGGAUAACACUUUCUAGUUUCCUUCACUGAUUAUUGCAAAGAAGUUGAACCUUUUGCUGUGAAAAGUUUUCCUUUCACUGUACCCAUUUAGCAAUUAUUUUCUUCUCUUUUGAGUUUUGAUAUUGGCCCCUCUCAUCUCCUCAGGUGUGGGGUGGGACCCAGGUGUUGUAUUUGUUAAAAAUAAACUCUUCAGAUGCUUCUGACAGUACAAACAGGAUUGAGAGUAAAUGUGCAACAACAGUGUUCAGUUUUAUGUAUGGAGUUCUGAGUCUUUACUAUGUUAAUGUGCUAUAUACUCAUUAGCAGCAUUUCUCAAGCUUUUUUUCACCAUGGAAACUUUAGCUCUGGAAGCAGCAAUAAGACUUACCAGAAGACUCUUUGGCAAUGAGUAUUUAUCCUGCACCUUCUCCAGGUGAUCUUGACCAUCUCAGGUUGCAGCCUAGACUUGCACCACUCUGGCUGCCAGAGUUGGUGGGUACAUGCAUUGGGGCUCUAAGCUGCCCACACUGUGUGACCCUGCUAAUGUCUUUCCCCUAGAGACUAGGCUUUUGUUACAGAAAACACGCUGGGCACAUUUUUCAGUGAUUUCUAGUCCUUCUCCCCCUGCCAGAGCCAUGAGGGGAUCUUUGUUAGCUUCUCACACUUGAGAAAUUUGGUGAAGUGCCUGGGAGUAAAACUUAGGAAAUAGGUCCUCUCCUCCCCAACAAUAUGUAGCUCCCAGAAGUUUCUCACUCCAGCAAUUCUACCAUUUAAAUAUUCUUAACCAGUUUAUGACUCCAGUGGAUUUUGCUUUACGUAAGCACAUCUCAGGUUUCACUCUAGAUUUGUCUUUCUAUCCAGAUUUUAGGGUGGCAGUUUGCCAUGCAAUGUCAGUUCUUUGAUGGGUCCAAGAGAAGCCAUUGAUUUUCAGUUUUCCCAUCUUUUUCCUGUAAGGAUGUGAGUUACAACUUCCAAAUACUUUACAUGUUGGAGCUGAAACUAAAAGUCUGUCAUAAUAUUAAAAUAGGUUUCUUGUGGACCUCCGUAAUAGUUAAUUUUAUGUGUCAACUUGAUUAUGGGAUGCCCAGAUAGCUGGUAAAACAUUUCUGGGUGUAUCUAUGAGGGUGUUUCUGAAAAGAGAUUAACAUCUGAUUCAAUAAACUGAGUAAAGAGAUCACUCUCCUCUGGAAAAUGACUGGUUAGCCAGAGACGGGUAAGAUUCCUCAAGGGAGGAACAACCUAAGACAGGCACAGUCGCAGGGGGGCCAUCAGGUGAGAAAAUGGGGAUCAACAGAGGUGAGGCUUAGAACCUCACCCCCACUGUUUUGAGAGAAAUCUUCUGCAUCCAUGGAUGUUUUGUUGCCCUUGUCUAGCUUGGAUUAACACUUAGUCUAUAGGCACAGACCUGAUCAUCUACAUUUGCCCUCUUACAGCACUAAAUUAUGUUUUCUACCUUUAUCUUGAAUCUACCUACCACUUCAGCAUUUUAUUAAAAAAUAAUAAUAAGGGAGAAAUGUGGGAUUCACAUAUAAAUCAAGUAUAAAAAUCAAACGAAUAAUCAUAUCUGACUUGAUUGUUUAUAGUUCAUGACGCGUGAUCAAAACCGAAAGUUUCUGUGAUAUGACCGCCCUUGCACUGUUCACCAUGUAAGAACUUAUUCACUAUGUAAGAACUUGUUCGUUAUGCUUCAGAAGAUUGGAGACUGUUGAGAAUUAGGCUUGAGGUUGAUUAAUGAUUGUGCAUUGAGUCCCCUGUACAGAAUUUUAUUGUUGUUAAAAACCAUUUGAUCAAUAAAUGAGAAAUGCCCUCUCAAAAAAAAAAAAGAUCACUCUCACCAAUGUGGGUAGACAUUGUUCAAUUAGUUGAGAGCUUGAAUAGAAUGAAAAGGCAAGAGGAAGGACAAAUUUUCUCUGCUUGAGCUGAGAUACCAUCUUCUGCCCCUGGACAUUGGUGCUCCUGGUUCUUGGGCCUUUAGACUUGGGCUGGGCCUUAAAUGAUCAGUCCCUUGAUUCUUGGGACUUGAGACACCAACCGGAACUUAUACCAUUAGUUCCUCUGGUUCUCAGGCCUUCAGACUUGGGAUGAAUUACACCACUAGUUCUCUUCAUUCUCCAGUUUGCAGACAACGUGUUGUGGAACUUCUUGGCCUAUGUGAUCACUUGAGCCAAUGGCCAGUGAUCCAUCCUACUGGCUCUGUUUCUCUGGAGAACCCUGACUAGUUAACCUCAUAUAGUUGGGUCAUGCUUUUUUUAUCCAGUCUGUCAAUUUUUAACUGUUAAACAAUUCACCUUUAAAGUUAUUGCUUGUAUAGUUGGAUUAAAAUGUAUUGUCUUGCUA